AAUCGGUUCCAGCCAAUAAAGUGUGCAGACUCAGUCCACGUGACAGUAGCAGGGCGGUGCUUUGGUGGCGCCCUGAUCUCUAUGGUUUUCGCGGCUCGCUUACAGAGCGUGUGGUCCACUGGAGGACUCGCUACAUCCUUCCUCCAUUACCUCACUGCCUCUGGUGGCUGCUGGGAUUCCGGAGGACUCGGGUCCCGGCUCGACUCAGACCUCCAGCUGCCCGGGUACUACCUCCAGCUCUUCCUGCCGCCGCCCCCUGCCGCUUCCUCCUCCGUCCGCCCGCCGGCCUUCCUCGCCCCGCCCCGGCCGCGCGAACGGCGGCCUGCUUCUCCCGGGAGCCCCCACCCAGGCGCAUGGCUCCAUGAAGCAGGAGAAGGCAGAGCGCGAGAGGUCCCGUCCGCCCCGGCUGCGCCUGGGCCAGGAGAGAAGGUACAGGACGAAGGAAUGGAAUCGGAAGGAAGAAAAUUCAUUUCAGAGACAAAAUAGCUCCCCUCCUCUGUUAUAGCUGUUCCCCUGGCAAUACAAACUUUCUGCUUUCAGGUUCUGUAGCAUUCCAGACCUCGAGCACUGAAUCAGGAUGGGAAAAAGACGUUGUGUUCCUCCACUCGAGCCCAAGUUGGCAGCAGGCUGUUGUGGGGUCAAGAAGCCCAAGUUAUCUGGCAGUGGAGCGCACACCCACGGGAACCAGUCCACGACUGUCCCUGGCUCCAGUUCAGGACCUCUUCAGAAUCACCAGCAUGUGGAUGGCAGCAGUGGUCGGGAGAAUGUGUCAGACUUAACGCUGGGACCUGGAAACUCUCCCAUCACACGAAUGAAUCCCACAUCGGGAGCGCUGAGCCCUCUCCCCCGUCCCAACGGAACUGCCAACACCACCAAGAAUCUGGUGGUGACUGCAGAGAUGUGCUGCUACUGCUUUGACGUCCUCUACUGUCACCUCUAUGGCUUCCCACAGCCCCGGCUUCCUAGAUUCACCAAUGACCCCUAUCCGCUCUUUGUGACAUGGAAGACAGGGCGGGACAAGCGGCUUCGUGGCUGCAUUGGGACCUUCUCAGCCAUGAAUCUUCAUUCAGGACUCAGGGAAUACACGUUAACCAGUGCACUUAAGGACAGCCGCUUCCCCCCCCUGACCCGAGAGGAGCUGCCUAAACUGUCCUGCUCGGUCUCCCUCCUCACUAACUUUGAGGAUGCCAGUGAUUACCUGGACUGGGAGGUAGGGGUCCAUGGGAUUCGAAUUGAAUUCAUCAACGAAAAAGGUGUCAAACGUACAGCCACAUAUUUACCUGAGGUUGCUAAGGAACAAGACUGGGAUCAGAUCCAGACAAUAGACUCCCUGCUCAGGAAAGGUGGCUUUAAGGCUCCAAUUACCAGUGAAUUCAGAAAAACGAUCAAACUCACCAGGUACCGAAGUGAGAAGGUGACAAUCACUUAUGCAGAAUAUAUUGCUUCUCGACAGCACUGUUUCCAGAAUGGCACUCUUCAUGCCCCGCCCCUCUACAAUCAUUACUCCUGACACACGGCUGCAUGACCAGUCCCACCCCUCUGUGGCCACCAAUGGCUAUGACAUCAUUGGAGCAGAUGCCUCCUCUUCCUGGUCCAGUUACUUCUAUUACUGCACCAUUUUAUGAUGCUAGCUUCCGUUGCCAAGUCUGCCUCCAGCUGACGGGGGGGAUUGGAGGCAUGGGGUUACACUGAAUGAAACAGAACUUGAGGAGCCCAAGCCUUAUCUCAGCCUUUCCUCAUAAUGGGGUUCCGUUGGAUUGGGGCUCCUCCAUGACUGGUGAGAAUGACCGUGUGGGUUCAGAAGACCCUUGGCACACAGGUGCCACUAGUGGUUUGCCCCCUGUGUGUUGGCCACACAGUGAAAGCUGGCAUUGAUGAUUCCUGAAGGUGUACCCCACACACACCCCUACAGCCUCCCCAGAUCAAGUAGGUGUAUUCCCCUGGCAGUCUGGGCAACGGAGACCAACAAGAAACAUUUUUAGGUUGUUUUAAAUUCCUUUUUUUAAACCUCCAGUUUAUUGCAUACCAAGAGUUAAUUAUAACCUCCAUGCUUCAUACAUACGUGGACGCCAUGUUAUGUUUGGACGUGGGCACCGUGAGUCCUUUGAGGCUCCUGGACAGAGACCCACAUCAAGAUCAGAAGCCCUUUGGAUGGCGUUGCAGAUCUCAUCGCUCAGUUAGCCUUGAAGGUUUUCAUUCUCAUCCCGCUGUCAGUUGGAUUUUCUGGCACUCUUCUUGCAUUGAGUCUCCUGGUCUUGAACAGAGCUGUGGUGUAGCCUGCUGAGGAAGGAACUGGGACGCCUGCAGGAGGGCCCAGUGUCAUCGCUGCAGGCAGCGGGCAAGGCGAGGCCUCUUCCUUACCACCCGGCUACCUCACUCUGUACUGGUAGCAGUGCCUAUAGCUGCGUCUAGAUUCUCAGAAGAUGUGGAUGUUCAGACAAGCACCUGGGUUGGGCUUUAGAAAGAUACAUUGUCAUAGGAGAGAAGGCUGUGUUUCUUUGCAGGCAAACAGCCUUUAAGCAGAGGCGCUCCCUUUUCCUAGUUUGCCUGUAGAAGUGGGAAGAUGUUUGAUGAUUCAGUCCUUUACAGGAUUUGAGAACAAAGCUGUAUAAUUAAACGAGGAGAAUCUUUAUCUUGCCUAAUAUGCUGGGAAUCUUUACCCCACCAGGACAAGGUUCCAAAUAGCUCAUUUUAUUCUAGGUCAAUCAGACUUCCAUGUGGCACAUUUCCCUUUCCCACUGUUGCUAACUCCAAAUAUCUGUCAGCAAGUUUCUCCUCCCACUUGCCUGCUCUUCAACUCAUUUGGUGGCAAAGUUCAUAGAAGUUGGGGACUUGGAAGAUGCUUUGGAAACAAUGUCAAAGGCACUGCUGAAAGUAUUCACAGGAAGAGGUGGCCAGUUGGAAGAAAAGACCCUAAGAGUGAUACAAUGUUUCUCAACAACAUGCUUAGAGAACUCCUGAAGUGAGUUAGAAGUCAACCCAGUGAACAAAAAGUUUUGAUUUAUUUUUAAAAGUUUAUGUGGUGAUGGUGUGACUUUUCAGAAUGGACAAAUAUGCAAGUCAAAAGGUCUUUUGAGUUUUCUUCUACCAGGAGUGGGGGAGGGGGAGCAGGGACACAAUCGAAGAAACAACACGUGCUGUUAUAGGCACUGCUGUCUCGUUUCCUGGAAGAGAUGGGUAAGGGUGAGCAGGUUUGCUUGGCACCAUCCUCCGUUCACGAGGAUAUGGAAUGCGCAAGGGAAACAUGGGGCCACCUCCAUCAGGAUGCCCAGGCCGGGCUGUAUCACUCCAUCCUACUUUGUGCUGCAUUCUUGCAUCCUGCCACUUUUCCCUUGCCAAGUUAAUGGAAAAAGCUAUUGAAGAUGAAGGGGUUGUUUCAUGAUUUCCUGCUGCUGAGAAUAAUAUCUUUCUUGUUACAGACAUGAUGACGGUUACUCUUAGGUGCCAUGGAUGGAUGUCAGGGUGGUCAGCUCUGGACUAAACCACCCACGUUCAAUUUGUACAACAGUAUUGGUACAUAGGGCUACACACUCGUUACUGUUCUAGUGUUCUAUGUUAAAAGUUGUUUAAUUUCUAAAGAUUAAAAAAAGCAAAAAAAUUGGUGCUAACCUUUCCCCCCUGAGCACGCUCAGUGAGACUGGUCAUGCAAGCAUUUACAGUGCCAUGUUCUUCAAGCCUCUUUUUUCUUGUAGACACGUUGCCCUUUUUGUCUUCCCCAAUGUAUAGUAUGUUUUUUAUUUUUAUUUUAUUGAGGGUGGAGUAGGAUACCUACCAUUUAAGAAAAUGAACAGAAAAUUUAAAACCCACAAAAUGGGGAAAAUUAAUCAGUGCACAAGAAAUCGGGCUGGUUAAGCCCUACACCACGCUGAAGUGGCUCUGGUUUUGGAGUGAAGAAGCCUUACUCCCUGCAUAUUCCCUCAUGCUCCUGUUCAAGUCCAGCAGUGGAGAUGCUCCUGGUCUUCUUGCUUGUCAAGGGGACUCAGGGUCAACCAAGGAAAAGUAUUUGGCCCCGGAAGGAAUGGCACUGUCAGUGUCCAUCCAAAAUGGGGCCGAGUCAGGAAACAACCUGGAAGUGUACGGUCAUGGUCACCUCAUGAAGAUGUGUGGCAGGUGGCGCUCAGGAAAAGUACUAAGUCUGGAUCAGCCGCAUGGCAGCUUUGCAUAGGGAGAGGACGGUUCCGCACUGCCUUUCACCACGUGACCAACGCAGUGAUGAGGACGGCCAGCACGUGUGAGGGGCAGGGUUAAAGAGAAGGGAGUGUUUUCUGUGGGUGUUUCCUUUGUCCUUGGGCUGUUCAGGCUGAACAGUAGGUGACCACUAUCUUCAAGGAGCCAACCCAACUUGGCUGGUUUGGUUCAGAGUUCGUAUCAUCCCUAGCUGUGAGUGCCUUUUGGUCUGGAAAGUUGGCUUGUCUCAUAAUACCCACAGCUAGGACAUUCUCUGUAAUUAUGAAUUGUCCUUGUUUUACAUUAAAAGAGAAUGUCUUUGAUCACUAGAGUUUGUCGGUGUUGGAUUGUUUCCACUGUGAGGUUCUUAACCUUUUUCUCUUCAUAAUAUUAAAGCAACUCACGUUAGAGACCCUUUCAACAUGAAAGGUUUGUAGUUGAAACAUAACGUAUAUUUUAUUGUUUAUAAUAAAAAUCAUCUAUACAAAAGUCCCAGGUGUUAAUUUUAAUAUUUGCACAAGAUCUGUUUUCCAUGAUAUGUUAACACCUACAGUUUCACUAACCGUUGAUGUUAUUUUCUAUUGAGAUUCUGGAGCCUAGGGAGCUUGUGUUUUUUUGUUAAUUUUCGUUCUUAUUUCCCUGAAGCAAGAGACUGUAUGGCCUUCAGUGCAGACUUCAGACCAAUUCUUCGUAUUACACUUGGUUGCCUCUUGGCUAUAUAACUUCUGAGUGCAAAUCAUUGAACUCUUUAACGAAGUAUUGUAGAGAAUAAAUCAUAAUGG